CUCUUUCUUUAUGAAUAUUAUGUCCUACACAACUCUUCCUAAAGUUUUAACAAUUGGAGGGAGUGAUAGCUCUGGAGGUGCUGGCGUUCAGGCCUCUGUCAAGGCGCUUUCAGCUCUCCGAGUUUAUGCCACAUCGGUUAUUACCGCUAUUGUGAAUCACACUACGGAAAGUAUCGAUUACGCUUUGCCAGCCAAAGUCGUUGUUCAGCAAAUUGAUACCAUUUUGAACGAUACUGGAGCUGAUGUGAUCAAAGUUGGUGUAAUACCUACUGCAGUGUCUGCUAAAGAAGUUGCUGCCAUUAUGAAAAAGUACUCUGGCUUGAAUAGCAAAAUUGUCCUCAAUCCCAGUACCGUUUCGCUCAAAGGCGUUGAAAAUGAAGUUAUUGAUGUUAUCAAAAAUGUAUUGCUUCCUAUGACUGAUGUCUUUGCUCCCUCUGUUCGUGAAACUGAAUCCUUGCUGAAUAUGUCUGUUGGUACUAUUAAGGAUGUGAAGAAUAUGCGUGAAGCUGCUAAAAAACUUGCUGAAUAUGGUGCAAAGGCUGUUUUUAUUAAAGGAAAUGAUUUACCCAUCAAGACGGACGAUAAAAAUAAGGUUAUAAACGUUUUGUAUAACGCUAUUACUGGAGAACUCACUGAGUUUAUCAGCGAAUACAUUGAUAUCAAAAGUGUCUAUGGUGUUGAUGGUGCUAUCACAACUGCUUUAUCGGCUUUCCUCGCCAGAUCAUAUUCUCUCGAGGAAGCUUGUGAAAAUGCCGUUUACUUUGUCACCAAGGCUGCUGGUCAGUCCCUUAGUUCGAUUCGCAAAAAUGCUGCUCCUAUGAAUCUUAUGCAUACCUUGAAGGCUCCUUUUACUAAACCCUUUCUUAAGGCAGUCAAGGCCUCCCUUCCCCAAGGCCUCUGGGAAAGAUAUAUUGAUCAUCCCUUCGUACGCGGUAUUGCGGAUGGUACCCUGCCUCCAAAGAAAUUUACCUAUUACCUUACGCAAGAUUAUCAUUACUUGAAGCAUUAUGCACGUGCUGCUGCUCUUGCUUGUAGCAAAUCCAAUACUAUGGCGACUCUUGAACGUAACACACAGACUAUCAAGGAUAUUGUUGACGAAGUUCAAUAUCUUCAUUUGAAGUAUUGUGCUAAAUGGGACGUUUCCGAAGAAGAAGUUCUAAAGGCUCGUGAAAGUGUUUACUGCGUCGCUUAUACUCGUUUCAUGAUGGAUAAGGCAGCUUCUGGCGAUCUUCUGGAUGCCAAGAUGGCUCUCGCACCUUGUAUGAUUGGCUACUGCGAAUUGGGACCUAGAAUAUACCAUGAUCCGAAGACAAAAAGAGAGGGCAAUCCUUACUGGGAUUGGAUCUGUCAAUACUCUUCUGGUAGAAGUCAAGUCAUGUUGUCUAAAGGCAUUGCUGAACUCGAAGAAUUGGCUGAACACUAUGUUGGUUCGGAGGAGCGCUUCAAGGACGUAUGCAAGACUUUUGAGCAAUCUACUCGUUUUGAAAUUAUGUUUUGGGAACAAUAUGACAAUCGUAGCGAGCUCGACAACGAACUACUUGUAUUCAACAACUAAAUACAUCUUUUUUAAUGACUUAUAUUUCGCUUUCAUUUUAUUUGGAUUUCGUCAUUCGGUGAAAUGAGGAGAUUAUUCGCCCCGCCCCCACGAAAAAGCAAAACAAUACAGAAAACAAGUAAUUUAUAGCUGAUCGAUUCAUUAAACAUGAAGCAAAUCAAUUGACGAGAAUGAUCCGAAAACAGCAUUAUGAGGAAAUAUAAAAACAAGAUUAUAUUAGGCAUCGUUUCCAUUAAAAUCAAAUUUUUGAGAACUU